AUGGCUAGACGAAGAUACAGACUGUUUAUUUUCGUCGCCGUCAUCCUCCUCAUCAUGCUCUACCACGUCGUGCAGAACUCGUGGGACACAAAGCAGCACCCCUUUUCCGACACGCGCGCUCCGCCCAGGAAGGCUGUUCAUCCGGGUCUGGACAGCACAGCGCCUCAGGAGCCGCCUCAGCAGCAGGCCGGAUCCGCACAAGCCGACCUCCAGAAGCACAAUGCCGAAGCCGAAAGGUCCUUUUCUGGUGCCGACUUUGUUCAGCACGGCUCCGAGGAUGAUUCUCCGUCGCCGCCGAAAAAGCGACCUGCGGAAACCCCUCCGGAGGCACCUACGGCCAAACUGAGCGCCAGCCAUGUCGCUGCUAGCCCUGCGACCAAGGCUCCCGCCACCACAAAGCCGGCCGCUGCGGCUGCGGCUUCGAGUUCAGACACUCGAAUUCAUUCGAAGUCCUUUACCCAAAGCUAUCCUGUGCCAACAGAGUCCAUGGUGCCUUUGCCUACAGGCAAACCAAAGUCUAUUCCCAAGAUUCAGCACGCCUUUAAGCCAGAGUCUGCCGCGGAUAAGACUAAGCGCGAAGCUCGUCUGGCCAAAGUCAAGGCUGUCAUUUCUAAAUCUUGGAAUUCAUAUCGCGCGAAUGCUUGGAUGCACGACGAACUGCGACCCAUUUCCGGCUCCUUCAAGGACCCCUUCUGCGGCUGGGCCGCCACUCUUGUUGAUUCGCUCGAUACUCUCUGGAUCGCUGGUCUCAGGGAUGAAUUUGACGAUGCCGUCAAGAAUGGUGUUGCCAACAUUGACUUUACCUUUAGCGAAAAGUCCGACAUUCCUGUUUUUGAAACCACCAUCCGCUACCUCGGCGGCCUGCUUUCCGCCUUUGACCUGAGUGGAGGCCACAAAGGAGAAUAUUCAAUUCUCCUUGACAAGGCUGUUGAGCUCGCCGAGGUUCUCUAUGGUGUUUUCGACACUCCCAAUCGUAUGCCGGUGCUCUACUACCGCUGGCAGCCGCAACAUGUAUCGGAGCCCCACAAGGCUGGCAGGGUUAGCAUCGCCGAGCUUGCCACUUUGUCGAUGGAGUUUACCCGCCUAGCCCAAUUGACCAAGGAGAACAAGUAUUAUGACGCCAUCGAUCGUAUCACAAAUGCGCUCGUCAAGUUUCAGACAGAUGGCAAAGCAGCGAUUCCUGGCCUCUUUCCCGAGAACGUCGAUGCCAGUGGUGACAGCCUGGCCCCAGCGUCGUCGUACUCGCAAUCCUUUUCCAUGGGUGGCUCGCAGGACUCUGCCUACGAAUACUUUCCCAAAGAGUACCUACUACUUGGUGGAUUGGAGCCCAAGUAUCGAAAGCUUCAUGAAAACACCGUUAGCGCCGUCGACGAAUGGCUAAUGUAUCGGCCGAUGAUCAAUGAGACGGAUUGGGAUGUGUACUUUUCAGCCAAAGUCAGGACUCAAGGCGAUCCCAGCCGCGAUAUUAGUGUCGAGUACGAGGCGACGCAUCUUACCUGCUUCAUCGGCGGCAUGUACGGUCUCGGCGCAAAAAUCUUUGAUCGCCCAAAGGACCUGGAUACCGCUAAGCGUCUGACGGAUGGAUGCGUAUGGGCUUAUCACAAGACGCCGAGUGGCCUUAUGCCUGAAGCCGCGAUUAUGAUGCCGUGUCCCUCGCUGGAGCGGUGCAAGUUCGACAAGGCCAAGUGGUAUGAGGAUCUGGAUUCUAACAAGGAGUUUCGCGACUCGAAAGUUAGCGAGUGGGAGCUGCAGUACGGCACCACCGCCAAAUCUGGUGAUAGCAGUAUCCCUGGUCGCCCAGAAAGUCAUGAGGAAUACGUCGAGUCCUAUAUUGCUUCCACUGGGCUUCCAGCUGGCUUUUCCCGUGUCAUGUAUAAAAGCUAUAUUCUGCGUCCGGAAGCCAUCGAAUCUGUGUGGUACAUGUAUCGCAUCACUGGAGACUCUUCGUGGAUGGACAAGGGCUGGGGCAUGUUUGAGGCGACCAUGGCCGCUACCGACACGGACCUCGCCAAUACAGCCGUCUCUGAUGUCAUGGUUGAGAAGCCGCCCAAGGACGACGCCAUGGAAAGUUUCUGGAUCGCCGAGACGCUCAAGUACUAUUACAUGCUCUAUGCCGGGCCCGAUGUCAUCAGCCUCGACGAAUGGGUACUCAACACAGAAGCGCAUCCGUUCCGACGUCCAACGUAA